AUGUGUGCCGGUUGCGGAUGUCAAAUAUUUGAUCAAUUUAUCUUAAAAGUAGCACCUAAUAUGGAAUGGCAUGCCGAUUGUUUAAAAUGUAGUGAAUGUGGACAAUAUUUAGAUGAAAAUACAACAUGUUUUGUUCGCGAUGGUAAAACUUAUUGUAAACUAGACUAUUCAAGAGCGGAGAUUCUAAAAUUAUUUACAUCAAAAUGUUCAAGAUGUCAUCAAUAUUUUACUAAAAAUGAUUUUGUUAUGCGUGCAAAAUAUAAAAUAUAUCAUACAGAAUGUUUUCGUUGUGAUAUAUGUGAUAAAUUAUUAUUGCCAGGCGACGAAUAUUCAUUGAAAGAGAAUGAGAUUUAUUGUCGUCAAGAUCAUGAUCAACUAGAAGAAACCAACAAAUAUCAAUUAGAAAAUAAUUCUAAAUCACCCACAACAUUGACAAAUGAUUGCAUCGAAUCAAAAAAUGGUAAAUGUCAUAUAUCAUCAGUCACAGCUCCAUCAACAAUAAACACUACAAUCAAUACUUCAUCGUCGACUGUUUCUCGGCCACCUCAGACAUCUUCAUCAUCUUCGACGUCUUCGUCAUCAACAACAACAGCAACCACAACAACGAAUAACGGUGGUAAUAAUGGCAGUAAUAAUCAACGUAAAGAUAAAACAACACGAAUGAGAACGGUUUUAAAUGAGAAACAGCUGCUAACAUUGAGAACAUGCUAUGGUGCAAAUCCAAGACCUGAUGCACUAAUGAAAGAACAAUUAGUUGAAAUGACCCAGCUUAGUCCUAGAGUCAUCAGAGUAUGGUUUCAAAAUAAACGUUGCAAGGAUAAGAAAAAAACUAUAUUAGCAAAACAAACACAAGAACAACAGAAAGUAUUAACUAGUCUUGGUCACGGUAUCCCAUUAAUUGCCUCUAGUCCCGUUCACAAUGACAUGUCUAUUGGUUUACCUCCACCAACGUUAGUUGAAUUCAAUAUCAAUGGUGGACCUUGGAAAACAAUGUCAGAAGCAUUCGUCUUAAACGGUCCACCACCUGAUUUUAAUGGCAUUGUUCCAACAAAUGCUUAUGAUAGUCUAAUGAGUUUUCCAUCGGACGAUGAGAGUUGUUUUGAUACAUCUCAAUAUAGUGAUCGUGGAAGUGAUGAUAGUCAAAAUGCACUUCACGAUGAAAGAUUAACACUACUAUGA